AUGAAGAAGAACUCUGCCAUCCUGAGCCUUGCGGCUCUCGCCCUCGCGGCUGCUGACGAUCCUUGCGUCGGCCUCACCUCUGCUUUCCCGGCCUGCCCGUUUGCGUGUAUAUCUUCUGCCGCCAGUGCAGUAGGAUGUACCAAUACAGCAGACCUUGGCUGCAAUUGUAUUCCGGCGAGCUCCUCCUCCAUCAUGAACCUUGCCAUCGGAUGCGCCGUCAAGUGUCCAGCUGGCGACAUUGGUCCAGCCCUCUCUGCUGGAUCGGCCCUGUGUGCUUGUGAAGCAACUCGGACCAGGGAACCCACCACUGCUGCCACAGCCUCUCCCACGGCCAGUGCUGCUUCCGAAAAGCCAAAGCCCGGAUCGACCACCUCCACAGCCCCGGCUCCAGGGACGACAGCCGGAACCGCAACCGCCACCGCAACCGCCACCGCAGCCGCAACCGAGACAACCGCUCAGGCCACGGCUACGUCUGCUCCGCCGUGUGCUCCCUCGUCCCCGUGCGACGCUGUCAAGAGCAAGGUGCCUGCCUGCGCCAGCUCUUGCAUCGGGUCUGCAGCAGAGGCUGUGGGUUGCGGCGCGGAGAACUUGUCCUGCCAGUGCGCUUCUUCUGCGGCUAUCCAGCAAUCCGCGUUUGGCUGCGUGUCGUCUGCGUGCGGCUUGCAGACCGGCGCCCAGGUGCUGCAAUCCGUGUCCGCGGUCUGCAGCUGCGUCGCGGCGAACCCCCCGCGGCCCUGCUCGGGCGGGAGCGCGGCAGCGACGCCGUCACCCUCUUCCGCCGCGCAGAGCCCCCCCAGCCAGGGCUCCUCGCGUCCCGGCUCCGUCUCCGGCCCCGCCGCCCCGUCGCCCUCGCCGCCCUGCGCGUACGCCGCCCCCGCCCAAGCCGACUGCGGCGCCGUCGCCUCCUCGGCCAUCCCGUCCUGCGCGCGGCAGUGCUUCGCCUCGGCGGCGCCCGGCGUCGGCUGCAAGGUCGCCGACUACCGGUGCCAGUGCCAGCCGCAGGCGCAGCAGAGCCUGUCGGCCGCCCUUCUCCCCUGCGUGCAGAAGCACUGCCCGGCGUCGUCUCUCGCGGCCGUUGUCGGCGGCGCCAGCUCCGUGUGCGCGUGCGCGACGGCGGCGCCACCACGCGCCGCGGCCUCGGGCGGCUGCGCGGCCGGCCCGACCGGAGCGGAGUCGCGGUCCGGCGCCGGAAGCACCGCCUCGGGAUCCGAGACUGCGGCCCCGACCUGCGACGGCGGCGGGUGCAGCCAGCCGUCGUCGGGCGCCCAGACCGCAGGAGGAACGCAGACCGCGGCGGCCACCCCCGGAGGCGGGUCGUCGACCGCCGCGGGCCAGCCGCAGCCGACCUCGAGCGCUGGCCCCGUUCUCGGCGGCGCCGCCGUCCACGACGUUCCGCUCGUCGCUGGCCUCGUCUGUCUUUUCUGGGCGGCUGCCGUUGCCCUGUGA